AUGGGCGGCAUGCUUUCCAUGGGCCUCAUGGGCAUGAUCAUGUGGGGUUUCCUCGGCAGCCUUUUCGGCUUCGGGGGCGGGCUGCUGUACUCGGCGUGCGGAGCCAUUCUGUUCUGCGGCUACAUCGUCUUCGACACCCACAGGGUGAUGCAGGUGUACGGGCCAGACGACGCCAUCGUGGCGGCCAUCGAGCUGACCUGGACAUCAUCAACCUCUUCAUGUACUUGCUCGAGCUACUCUCCGCCAUGUCCGGGUCGGACAACUGAAAAGGUGGGGGGGGUCGCGCCGACCCCGCGGCAGCGUGGUUUGGGGGCCCGCUGGCCCGCCCGUCCUGCGUCCGGCGAAUCUCCCGCGGCGACACCUCCAGCAUUCGAGCGCCGGGAUCGGGAGGGGGGGAUCGGAUUUGGCCGGUGA